AUACGUCGUUCGUCAGUGACAGUUCAGCAAAGACAUGUAGUACAACAUCAAACAACAAAUAUGUACACAGUUUAAGACGUACAUAUACCGGUGCCAGUAUGUGAUAAACGUGUAUUGUAAACGCUACUGAAUGGUAAUGAGCCUGACUCCGCCCCUGUCAUGUUUAUUGAUCCGCUCGUGGACGGGCCUCUGACAGUGCUUUAAUUCUGUCUGGACAUGGCGUCGCAACGCGGGAUGGAUUUUCACUUUUCCGUGGGAAUUUGCCAGUCACGCAGCAGGACGACAGAAAUGUGUUUGUGUCGCUGAUAACAGGGCUGAGACAUGGCGAUAGAGGACGAGGAGAGUCACACAGCAGCCGCUGCCACUAAGACCCAAACGGGCAUCCAGAAAGGAGGAGAUGCCGGAGCUUGCAUAGACAGGCAGCCCGACACGAUGGUGCAGCCAGCGGGACAGGACCAGGGUGCAGGUCGCGGCAGCCGCAGUGGUUCUGGAGCUCCCGCUGUAACCGGGAUCCGAGUGCUGAAGCAGCGCAACAUGAAGCGGAACGGGAAUCGCAGCUGUGUCACACGAAAGACCAGAUUUGGUUCACGGGAGCGGGAGUGGCUGAAGGGGGACACGCAGCGGGGCUGCUUGUGUCUGUAUGGGGGCACAGUGGACCCUCAGCCACCAACUCCUGGCCCGCAAAGUUCCUCUACUCCACAGACAGACCUGCAGUUGGUCCUUUGUUCCACCAGCACCACUGUGGAGGAACUGUGCGCUCAGAGGAAUGGACACGGCCUCUAUGUUCAGCUGCAUGGAGAUCUAAUCAGGAGAUUAGACCCGUCUGAACGUCCACUCCAGAUUCUCUACGAUUAUUUGACAACUAUGGGCUAUGCAGACCCCGUACGGGUGCAGCAGGAAGCAGCUAACGCUGACCUCAGCUGUUUGAUCCGUUUCUACAGUGAGCAUCCAGUUAAUCCAGACCAGCAGGAGCGCACUCUUCUGAAAGGCGUAUUCAGUGUCAGGAAGGGCAAAACACAACUACACAAGUGGGCCGAGCGAAAGGUCAUCCUGUGUGGCACCUGUCUAAUCGUGGCCUCGGUGAAAGACAGCCUGACAGGGAAGUUGCACAUCUUACCCCUGGUGGGGGGAAAGGUGGAGGAAGUGAAGCGAAGACAGCACUGUCUGAUGUUUAGUUCAGCUGGAUCACAGGCCCAGACCUAUUUUGUCAUCUUCGAUACACUAACAAAUUACCAGAGAUGGUAUCGACAGGCAUCGAAGGUGGUGUCUCAGACAGUGAGCGUGGUGGAUCUGUCCUGCUACAGUCUGGAGGCAGUGCCUGAAUACCUGUUCUACUGCCAGGACAUCACUCACCUCAACCUGAGACACAACUUCAUGAGCCUUCAGGGACCCGGAGGACUGCUUAAUCUACCCAAGUUUUCCCAGCUGAAAAGCUUGAACCUGUCUCACAAUCGUCUAGGUGUGUUUCCUCAGUGUGUGUGUGAGAUCCUGACUCUGACAGAGCUCAACCUCGCGUGCAAUAACAUACACAUUGUUCCAGAGCAGAUAGGCUCCCUUCAAAGCCUGCAGACACUGGCUUUGGAUGGAAACCACCUCAGCUCGCUGCCUGCAGAGCUGGGUGGCCUGUCCCAGCUCAACAGCUUGGGGCUUUCUUUCAACAACUUCUCUCACAUCCCUGCCGUGCUGGAGAGACUGGAGAGUCCAAUGGACAAGCUGGCUAUGGCUGGGAACAGAGUGAAGUCUCUGGAGCUGUGUACUCUUGCCAGGAUGACCAACCUGAAAAACAUUGACCUCCGGCUGAAUGAGCUGCAGCGGGUUAACAGUGAGAGUCUGGAGGUUGUAGGCCAAGUGACCCAGCUGGACUUGCGCGACAACUACCUGGACUCACUCGACCUGAGCUCCAUGUGCAACCUGGAGACUCUUCACUGCCAACGCAACAAGCUGGGGAAACUCACGCUCAGUGGUUUCACCCUGCGCAUGCUUCAUGCCAGCAGCAAUCGUCUAACAGCAGUCUGUGUGUAUCCAGUUCCUAAUCAGCUGACACACAUGGAUCUGUCACAGAACCUUUUGGAGUACCUUCCGGACUGGGUGUGUGACUGCAGAAAGAUUGAGGUGAUGGACAUCGCACAUAACCUGCUGUCUGAGCUUCCGUCCAGACUGGUCAACAGUAUGAGUUUGAGAAAGCUGCUGGCAGGAAACAAUCGUUUGCUGAAAGUGCCUGACCUGCUCGACCACGUCCCACUGGAAGCUCUAGAUCUUCAGCACAACAAACUGACUGAACUCCCUGAGAGUCUUUUUUACAAAGCCUUAAACCUUAAGUUUCUAAAUGCAUCGGCCAAUGACCUGAAAAGCAUUCCUCUAAGCAGCCAAUCAGAGGAGAGCCUGGGCACACUCCAAGAACUCUAUUUAACGGGAAACAACCUAAAUGAAGACUGUGGGGCUGUGGUGGUUGGACAUCAAAGUCUGCGUGUCCUUCACCUGGCAUACAAUCAAAUGACCUCAUUUCCUGCCAGUAAGCUGAGUAAGUUGGAGCACCUGGAGGAACUAAAUCUAAGUGGCAACAAGUUAAAGGCCAUUCCCUCCACCGUGUCCAGCUGUAAAAGACUACACACUCUUAUCGCACACUCCAACAACAUCUCUGUCUUCCCAGAGAUCCUCAACCUGCCUGAGAUCAAGCUGGUGGACCUAAGCUGUAAUGAGCUGACUGAGAUCCAGCUGCCAGACUCUCUGCCUUCAACUCUUCAAGAGCUGGACCUCACCUGCAACAAAAACCUAGUGUUGGAACACAAGACCCUCAAUCUCUUCAGCCAUAUUACCACCCUCAAAUUAGACCAGAAAUCUACCAUGGCAGCAAGAGACACGCCAAGUGACUCCCUUCCUUGGAACCACGGCUAUUCAGAAAUGAGUGGCCAAAGAAACAAGCUGUGUGUGUCUGUGCUGACCGUUGACCACUUUGGGGAUAAAAUGGAGGCUUGUUAUGGCAUAUUUGAUGGAGACCGUAAUGAGGAAGUGCCUCGGCUGCUGCAGUGCACAAUGGGAGACGUGCUCUGUGAAGAACUGCAGCACUCCAGCGUUGACAACGUGUACAUGUGCAACACCUUUCUCACCUCACACAGGAAACUUGGUAUGGCUGGUCAGAAACUGGGUGCCUCCGCCCUGCUGUGUUAUAUCCACCGUAAGCCGUCAGAUCCAGGAGGUCACUUCAGCCUUACUGUAGCCAACGUGGGCACAUGUCAGGCGGUGUUGUGUCGAAAUGGUCGACCAGUGCCUCUCUCUAAGAUUUACAGCUUAGAAAACUGCACUGAGGAGAUGGGCAGGGUAAAACGCAGUAAAGCCAUUAUUACUGAGGAUAACAAAGUGAGUGGAGUGACGUGCUGUUCCCGCCUGCUGGGAUGUUCUUACUUGUCUCCAGGGGUGCUUCCAAAGCCCUGGGUGCACACUGAGCCUCUGUCUUCUCAGGAUGAGUUCUUGAUCUUAGGGAACCGUGCACUGUUUGAAUGGGUGUCAUACCAGGAGGCUGUGUGCACAGUGCAGGCUGUGCGAGAUCCACGUGCUGCUGCCAAGAAACUGGGUUCACUCGCCCAGAGUUAUGGCUGCAAGGACAACAUUGGAGCUGUGGUGGUGUUGCUGCGUGUUGGUGAGGACAGCUGUACCUGUGAGCCUUCCUUCUCCACCACGGAACCCCGUGGUCCAACCCCUGUGUCUGUGCCUGUGUCGGUGACUCAGGGUCCAUUUGACCCAGGGAGCCUCUCAUCGAGCAGUGGUGUUGUCUCUGAAUUCAACAGUGAAACUUCGGCCUCUGAGAUUGGCAGUGAGGCGGGAUCCACAGCUUCAGACGAGCACCAAUCAUCUGGCUCGGCAUCACGUCUGGAGAAGCGGUGUAACCUUCAUCCUGCUGCUACACUGUGUGGGAUCAUGGUUCCUGGUUCCACUGGAGCAGGAACUCUUCCAGGCCUGUUUCAGCGUCAGCCCUCCAGUGCAACUUUCUCCAGUAAUCAGUCUGAUAAUGGCCUGGACAGUGACGACGAAGCCCCUCCUGAAGGAGUCAUCUCUAAUGGCAGUAAGUUAGAAGUAGAGGUGGACAUUCACUGUUGUGCUUUUCAGUUACGUUCAGGUUCCCCUGACAGCCCUAAAGAUAUUGACCAUGAAAGACGAAGCUUUCACCAUUCUAAUGGCAAAAUGUGCGGACAAAACAAUGUCGUGGUUUCUGCUACGAAUGGCUGCUUGCUGGCAGUGUGUGGGAGAGAGAUUUCAGACCUGAAGAAAUUCCCCUCCGCAUCCAACUUGUUUGUGAAGAAGCUGUCUAACGGCUCUGUAGUAGCUCCCGAGGACAGUCAUAAUAUUAUUGAAGUGGCCUUGGAGGCUCCCAAGAAAAAGUCUGGCUACUUCACUGCCCCAGCACAGCAGGACCCUGAAGAUCAGCUGAUUGUGCCUCCAUGUCUGGAGCAGGAGGUGAGGGAGCAGCUCAAAGGCCAGAACUCUCUUGUCACAGGCUGCUCUGCUGCGUCAACUGCACCCUUUUUAAAAGAACCUGUGUGGGAUCAUCCCCACCCGCCCACAUUUCACUCCAGCCUGGUCCCUGGGCCUGGUCCUGCACAAAUACUACAGCAGGAAGUAUAUGAUACUGCCCUGUAGGGGGAGGACACGGUGAAGUGGUGUGUGGCUUAAUUUCUGUGAAUGUGCCAUCGCUAGGAAAACAGGAGAACAAGAUAUUUUUGUCAUAUAUGUGAAUUUCAUGCUGCCAUCAGGUGUGUGGUCGUGGUCUAAGUAUUUGAGAAGACUGGACCUUGGACUGAAAUUUGUAUUUAAAAAAAAAAAAAAAAGAAAACCCAAUGGAAUCAUACACUUGUGUUUAAACCUAUGAGCGACAUUUCCCUUUACUCAGUGAGUCCGAGGGUCAGAUUGGGUUUUUAGGAUGAGGAAGAAACUUUGGGUCUAAUGGGUCUCCAUUCUUGAGGUUUGAAGUCUCUCAGGUUCUGAAGAAGAAACCCCUGUGGCUCAAACUUGAAAAAGUGCCUAUGAUCCAGCCAGAGGUCCUCCUGGUACAGUGUGUGUUUGGAGAUGACAAGUUUAGAUGAGGGAUUGUUUAUCUGUGAACUCAGCACAGCUUUUUCUGUCCUCCCCCUGUGGCUUAUAGAGAAAACAGUAUUGUUUCAGUACUGAUGAGAAGACUAAGACAGAAACAUGUCCACACACUCAUAUAUAUAUAUAUAUAUAUAUAUAUGAUUGUUUUUAGCAUUUUAGCAAUAUAUAAUAUAAGUCUGCAGCUAAUAUUAGAGCUCAGGCUGCUGACAGGAAAGUACAGAGCAAUGCAUUAUAAGAAACUGAUUGACCAAAAAUGCUUGUCCCAGUGUAACGGCUGACAAGCUCUCACCUCAUAACGGCACAUUAGAAUAAUUCAAACAACAGACAGAUGAGAACGUGAAUCAAUCCAAUCAAUAAUUAUGAUGUGAACAUUUAUUUCCACACUGAAACAAAUGCUAUGCAUAAUUGUGAUGAGGGACAUUAGAAUCAAACAGUGACUAAUCACUGUUUACAGACAAUGCACUCACAUUUCUAAGCACUUUUGUGAACUACGUAGACCACAUUUAGUCUAAUUAUUUUCCAAAUAAUCUUUUCUCCUGCUGCUAUACAAAUACAGGUUACAUAUUUUUGUGAUUUAUACAUGAAACGUAUAAAUGAAUUAGAACUUUGAAUGGUCUCGGGCAGGGCUGGGUUAGUAUCGGAUGGACGGAGAAUGUUUUUGUGAAAUAAUAUGAAUAUAAAGUCCUAGAUCAAACCUGAUAUUCAAAGAAACUUACAUCUAUAUAUAGUUGGAACAGUGUUGUUGGUCCCCCUAAGGUUUGGUUGAUGGAAUUAACUAUCAUUCUUUUCUGUAAACGUCUGCACUCACACAUACGUAGUGAUAAACAACAUAGGUGUGCUCUGUGUGAAAGUUUGAUUUUCUUUUUAGUAAAAAAAAAAAUAACAGUCCUUUAAGACAUUUUUCACAUCUUAUUUUCCAUUUUGUGGCAGUAAGACCUGUAGCUUUGGAUUGAACAUUGACAAAAAAAAGAAUUGUGUCCAUAAGAUGGACAGCUCUGUGUCAAUGUUUGACGUCCUGGAUUAGAAAACCUAACUGGCCAUAUCGGGCCCAUGGGCCAUAGUCUGCCCGUACAUAGUAUAUAAAACAAAACCCAAAUGGCAUGAUGUAGUCUGUGUCUAAGGCAUGGCAGAGUUUGCACCAGGAUAUUCAGAGAAAUAUUUCCUUUCUCUAAUGUAUUAUUACUGUAUUUUUAAUUUAUCCACGUGGACCAGGAAACUGUUGUUUCACUGCUGCACAACAGGAAGUCACAGGUGAAGCCUUUAUUGAUGUUGGAGCAGAUGUUUUAAACUGACAGAGGGGACACACUGUUUCAAGCACUUUGUAUAUAAACAGAAUAUUAGAGACAUAUUUUCAGACCAAUGGUGGUCCAGUUAAAUAGAUGAGAUAUCGACUUCGGCCAUUGUUUUACCUCAUGUCUAAGAAUACACAGCCAUUGAAAUCAAUACUAUAUGAAAUGAUCAAAUAUUCUGUCAACAAUCACAACCUCCUCCCUGGUUUACUCUCAUCACACACUUUACCUUUUGGAUAUUCUUCAGCUUUCUGUCCUUGACUUUUCCUCAGACAACUAUUAGUUCAAAUGCAUUAAAUGCUGUAAGCCAGUAGUUCCCAAAGUGGGGGGCUGCCCCCUAGGUGGCACAGAGCUAUUGCCAGGGUACGCAGCAAGCUGCUUGUGAGUUAAUUUUAAAUUCAGUAUUUUCUUCAUUGGUGCCACUCUGCAGUAGUUGUACUGAUUUGUAAACGUAUUCCAUUUGUUCAAUAAGAAUAACAGUUUUAUGAACAAAGUUCAUUGCAGUGCUGCAGAAAAACCACAGUGAUAUGUGUUGAUAGUUAUCACUGAACAAGAAGUUGAUUUUUCUAUAUUGGGGAUUUUUGUCCACAUUUUGUUUUCUCUACUUUUGUAAUUCAAAUUGUAGUCAACAUCUUGCCAAAUAAAUCCUGAUAACAGUGGGAAAGCAUUACAGUUAUAUAUGUUGUUCUGUGCUUUUCUGCCAGGGACACUUUAGAGGCAAGUCCAGACAGAGUCACAGUCACCUGUCUGCUGAUUGGUUACUGUGUCACAUCUCCACUUGCUCCUUUACAUACAAAAAAAAAAACCAGAUUGAACUUUGUCCCAAAUUGUGAAAAAAAAUAGCUUGCCGACAACACUAACGCUCAACCACUUUUUGUCUCGGCACAAACAUGUAUCUGGUCCGUUUGUAUCCAACCAGAUCCCACUAACAGCCACUCAGCCACUCACUCAAAAAAAACAUUUGGUUUUUAACAUUUCACUUUGAUGAACAGACAAGAACAGGUGAUGCCAAGGGGUAAAGGAUAUUCACCAAAACAGUUAUAUUUUAUUUGUAUUUAUUUUUUAAAAAGGUCCUCACUUGCUGUUAAGCAUCUGGAACAAUGACAGCGACACAUUAAAAGCCACUUCAGAUCAAGCGUUGUUGCCACAGGAGGAGCUAGAAAAGGAUUGUGACUCCCUUUCUGUCUGCAAAUGAAACGGGCUGCUCGAUGAGAGGAGGGUCUCUGAGUUUAUAGAGGAGAAGUUGGACAUUCUUUAAGGUUGUCUGACCUGUUAUUGGAUUUUGCAAUUGUUGUUCCUUUAUUGUUUCCUUAAACAAAUAUGCAAAAUGUACUUAUACUGUAGAUACAUGUAUCUCAGAGCUUAACUUGCAAUCGACUAAAAAUACAAACAAUACUGUCUCUCAAUGUGUCAGAAAGCCUAAACUGAUGUCUGUGUGUGGUGUAUGUAUUUUGAAAUUGUGUGAAAGUUGCAGUUGUCUUUUAUUAUUGCAUGAGUGUUGAUUUUUUAGUGUAUCUCUGUCAUAUUUUUAAGAAAUCUGGCAUUGACUGCUCUGCACAUUUCUACUUAAUGUGCUUUCAAUGUUUUCAUUUUUUACUGGUCUGUUUCUGUCUUUUCAUUGACACCAUUACCGUCCCAGCUUCGUUCAUCGGCCAAUCACGUGGUAGCAGCUCAUCGCGUUCAAAUGUGUAGACAUGGUCAAGAAUGCUGCUGAGCAUCAGAGUAAAGAAACGUUCAGUUGAAGUUGAAUGUAGAGUAAUGGUUGCUGCUGUCAGAUGUAGUUCAGUAUUUCAACAACUCCUGAUUGGCUUUUUUUGUUGAGGCCACAGCUGGUGGUGUAAAUAAGCCGUUUUUUAUCAUACAUGUCCUGCCAUAUAUUAAUUAUGUCCUGUGCAUUCAACCUGUCUGUGUAACAGGAGCUGUACUCAAUUGCGUUUUGGGAGUAUGUUCAACACACGACAGCCCUGUGGUGGAAUUGAAUGGUCAUUUCUUUGGUCACAAGUCCGAUCCUUUAACCACUUAGCCUAUACACGUUCUUGACACACCUGGAAGCUGUGGUUCUUAACAAGCAUCACUAUUACUACAACCUGCCCGAGUGUUGUUGCGGGCCAUGUUCAUCACUUUGGACAUUGGCAAGUUGUUUGUAUUUUAAUGGCAUUAACAAUCACUAUAUCUCAAUGUAAUAGAAUGUAUUUGGGAUUUGAUGGGAUAGAAGGUUCACAUCAUGGCAGACAGCAGCAGACAAAUCUGAAUCAGCUGCUUGACAUUCUUAAGUGUCUCCUUGAUGCUAGGCCAAGAACAAAUAGUCAGUGGUGAAGAUAAGGGUGUCCAACAUGAUACUAGCUAAAUGUACCUAAUGAAGUAGCCAGUCAGGGUUUAUAUUUCUGUGGUAAAUAUUUUGAGUAACUUCCUGUGUUAAACAUGUUCCAAGGCCAACAGCGAAGGAGCAGAUGGAUGCCGUGCAAUGACUUUGAACCCUUUAAUUCUGUUGUGUCAGUUCAUUCCUGUAACGCUGACCUUAGACGGUCUGUCUUUGUUUGUUCUACUAGCUGCUGAGUUGUUUUUGUAAUCAUUGUGAACUGUUCCGCCUCCUCAAGAUCCUUGAUUCUUCUCUCAACACAACCUGUACAACUGAGGUACUAUAUUUCAGAAGGUAUUUGUGUGUAUGUGAAAGCCUAAAGUGCACACAUUCUGUACGUGUCAGCAUGCUGCUGUGAAUAAUGAACCGGGUGUGUGUGUCUGGACACGGUGAAUGAAACUGAUCAAACCACAUUGUGUAACAUUUGACCAAAGUAGCCAUCGUUCCAUUUCAACUACUCUUUCUUUGGUGCAUUUUUUUUUUUUUUUUUAUAAAAUGCUUGAAUAUUUUCUCCUCAAUGCCAAGAUGCUGUUUAUUUUUGUACUUCAUUGUUUCCUGUGAAUCUUUUAUGUGCCACUAACACAAAAAUUAAAGUCAUGAUGGAUUUGCGUCCCUUA